AUGAAUUUCUAUAAAUCCGCUGCAUUGGCGCUCGACCAUCUGGACAAAAACCAAGGUUCAGUGAAAGGUUCCUUAGCAGCUGCUGGGAUAAAAUCUACGCCUGGUGAAGGAAAAAGGAUACUAGCUUUAAUCAUCGAAACUCUCAAAUACAAACCUAUCCUCCUUCAACUCCUCUCGAUCGUCCCUAUUCAAUCCCUCGAAAAACUCACUUUCCCCAAAAAGUCCCCUCGGCGUGCACCAUCCUCCCAAUCCCUGAUCCUCGUCAUCCUCCACGACCUUCUCUUUUCUCCUAAGCGUAAAAUCGAAGCAUCAGACUUAUGGCCCCCUAAACAAUCCAUCCUCAAAUAUCAAACUCGUCUAAAAGCAGAGUUGGUCAAGAUACAGAUCAAAAGUGGUAAAUCCCGAAUAACAGAUUUGGCCAAAUCAUCAUCCACAACAGAUGCGAUAAGGUAUAUAAGGUAUAAUCCUAAUUCCGGUAAAUCCCUUCAAGGCCUUUAUAAGGAAUUGGAGAGAUUAGGAUUCAACAGAUUGCAAGAGCCGAAAUACCCUUUAGGAGAAAAAGAAUAUUUCUUGGAUACGCAUUUGAACGAUGUGUUAUUGUGUUUCCAUGGAAGUACUAAUUGGUGGAAUGAUAACGAUUGGUAUACCGAUGGAGGAAUUAUAUUACAAGAUAAAGCGAGUUGUAUGCCUGCGAAGGUAUUGAUGUGGGAUUGGAAAGAUGAUGAAGGAGAAUGUAUAGAUGCUACCGCAGCACCAGGUAAUAAAACGAGUUACGUCUCUGCUCUGAUGAACAACCAAGGCAGGCUCCACGCAUUCGAACGUUCUCCCAAUCGCUACAAAACCCUGACGCGCAUGUUGGAGAAAGCACAUUGUAAGAAUGUGAUUGCUCAACGAGCGGAUUUCCUCGAAUCUGAUCCCGAGGACAAACAGUAUAAAAAAGUGACUAGGAUAUUACUAGAUCCAAGUUGUUCAGGAUCGGGUAUUGUAAAUAGGUUGGAUUAUCUUUUAGAAGAUGAUGUCGAAGAAUCAGAUUCGAAAACGGAAAGAUUAGAAAAAUUAGCUUCAUUCCAGUUACAAAUGAUCUUACAUGCAUUCAAGUUCCAAUCAGCCAAACGUAUAGUCUAUUCUACAUGCUCCAUCCACCCGGAAGAGGAUGAGAGGGUAGUAACAUCAGCUUUACAAUCGAAGAUAGCCAAAGAGAAAGGAUGGAAAUUGGCACCGAGAAGUCAGGUGAUACCUACUUGGGAAAGGAGAGGCAGAGAGGAUGAGAUGGCGGGUGAUAAAGAAUUAGCCCAAGGUGUCAUACGUUGUUUACCUGAAGAUCGAACAAAUGGAUUCUUUGUAUCAUGUUUCGUAAGAGAUGAUCCCCAGGGAUUAUCCAUAUCCGCACCUAUCAAAGCGAAAAUGACAUCGACGCAGCAAGAACAACAGAAAAGUAAGAAUGUUAAACGACCACGUGAGGAAAUUGAGAGUAAUAUGGAGGACAUAGUGGAGGAAGAGAAUGUGAUGGAAGCAAAACAGGAGACGCAGAUAGAUCAAGCGAUCAAAGAGAAGACAUCGGCUCAGCUCGAGAGGAAUAAGAGGAAGAAAGCUGCACAGAAGGAAAAACAGAAAGCGAAGAAGAUGAAGUUGGAGGAGUGA